AUGGCGCGGGCGGACCUCGCCCCCGACGUCGUGGCGUACACGUCUCUGCUAGAGGCGGCGGUUCACCGCGGCGAGCACGAGGCCGUGCUCGGCGAGAUGAGAGCCGCCCGGGUCUCUCCGAACGUCGUCACCUACGGCGUCCUGAUGAAGACCUCGGCGACCUCAGGAGAUUUCCGCAGCGCCGAGGCUUGGGUGCGGCGCAUGCGCGCGGAGCGCGUCCAGCCGAGCUCCGUGACGCUCACCACGCUGAUCAGCGCCUACGCGAAGGCGGGCCUGAUGGCCAAGGCAGAGGCGUGCUUCAGGAGCAUGACCCUGGCCGCGCUGGCCCCGGACGCCCGGUCCUACGGCGCACUCCUCGACGGCCACGGCGGUCGGGGCGCGGAGGCGGGCGACCCCAGCAGGUGUGAGGCCUGGCUCGCCAGGAUGCGGCGCGGCGGUGUCGAGCCCAGCGAGAUCCAGUACAAUCAGUUGCUGCGCGCGCAGUCCGCACUUGACCGCCCGGAAAGGCGGCCCAAGGUCGCGGCGUGCCUCCAGGACAUGCUGGCGCGCCGCGUCGAGCCCACCGCAGCGACCCUCUCCGUCGCGCGCUCGCUGCUAGGGGAGGCGGAGGCGGUGUCUCUCUGCAGGGAGCUGGGCGUCGACUACCACAGGAUCGCCGUGGAGCCCUACGACAGGAGGCGGCACAAGCGGACCGCAUCGCCGUCCUGCGGCGCCUGGCGGCUGCGGCGGCGGGUGCGGUGA